AUGGCAUUUUCUGAGAUGCCAUCGGCUACUGUUAAUCAAUCCCUUCCACAAGAUUUUUUUCUACCACUAUCAACUCCACAUUUUAGUUUUGAUGACGAUGUCAGCAAUGUAGGUGGCUUAUUUGAUGCUGCACCAUUGCCUCCUCCUCGUUUGGAAACUGCUGCUGCUGCUCCUCCACCACCUCAUCCUCCGCCUUCUCUACGAACAACAGCAACAACGUCAUCAUUAUCACUUAAUAAUUUCAACCAGACUUCCGUCGAUGGCAGCGUCUCAAACCAAAGCAUAUUACUUGCUAAUUUGAUGUUCGUUUUAGGUAGCGAAUCAGCAGGUCGACUCGAAUGGGACGGACUCGUUGCUGAUACUUCGAGAUUGAGUGCCCCUUUUUCCUUUCCUCCAGCACCACCCCAAAAGCCAUAUCCAACAAUAUCAUUGAAAAUGAAAUCGGCAUUAGAUGAACCUCGUAGUGGUGGGGACUGUAUGACGGCUUGUCCACGUAACGCGACACUUCGCUGA